CUUCCUCGUGACUUUCUUCAGCCUUUACAUCUUCAAUUCAGACAGCCGUUGGGUCUGAUAUACCAACUGCCAUCCGCGAGCGACUUCGGGAGCUUUGCGCUCGUGCGGGUGGGAAAGCUCCCGUCGGUGUGUCGUUACUCCAGUCGUUUUAGAAAAGUCUGUUGCAGCAGCCAUGACACAUUCUGCUGUGUCCCAUGGCACAGACGAUGCUGGGGCUGGCCCAUCGUCCACGGGCACCGAUCUCGGUCGUGCCCAUAUACCACUACCGUCCAAAUCCGAUGCCUCCGCUACCUCUAAUGUAUAUACUACCGGCGACGGUAGCACCGACGCAGUGGACUCGGAACACGCAACAACAGCGGACCAUCCCACCGACAAACAGCAAAGCCCGCUCGCCUACCUGACCACCCGAGAAUUCUACAUCACCCUCCUCCUGGGUCAAAUCCUCGCCAUCACCAACACAGCGUGCAGCACUUUCAGCACCCUCCUAGCCGACCGAGGCGUCUCCCUGCCGGCCACGCAGACCUUCUUCAACUACCUCCUGCUGACCGUGAUCUUCACCUCCUACACAAUCCACCGCCACGGGCUCCAGGGCUGGACCCAGAGCUUCUUGUCUCGCGGUUGGAAAUACCUCCUCCUCUCCCUCUUCGACGUAGAAGGCAACUACUUCCUCGUCCUGGCCUACCGCAACACGACCCUCCUCAGCGCCCAACUCAUCAACUUCUGGGCCAUCGCCAUCGUGGUCCUAAUCUCCUCGACCGUCCUGGGCGUGCACUACCACCGACCCCAACUCCUCGGGAUCUCCAUCUGCAUAACGGGGAUGCUCCUCCUCCUCUUCUCCGACCGCACCCCACCCGCCUCCGCUCACAACAAACUGCUCGGCGACCUCUCCGCCCUAACCGGCGCAACCAGCUACGGCCUCGCCAACGUCCUCGAAGAAGUGCUGGUGACCACCGCCCCGAUCGCCGAGGUGCUCGGCCAGAUGGCGCUGUGCGGGGCGUGCAUCACCGCGCUGCAGGCCCUGGCGCUGGGGGAGCUGUCCGCCCUCCUCCGCAGCAGCAUCGUGUGGGAUGCAAGGGUCCUGGGGUGGUGGGCCGCGUACACGCUCUGCCUCGCCGCGUUUUAUUGUCUGGUGCCGCUGCUGCUGCGGCGCGCGUCCGCCGCGUUCUUCAACCUGUCCAUGCUGACGAUGAACUGCUGGGGGGUCGGGGUCGGCGUGCUGCUUUUCCGGUAUCAGGUCGGCUGGGCGUAUCCCGUGGCGUUCGCGUUGAUUGUCGCCGGCCAGGGGGUGUAUUUUCUCGGUGCUGCCCCGGUAUCCGGCGGCGGUGCGGGCGGGGGCGAGAAGAAGCCUUGGGUGAGAUCCUGUUCUGGGUCGGGGAGGGUGGAUACGGGACGAAGGGGCCAGAGGUUUGGAGGAUUGAAGGCUUCGGAGGAGGAGGAGGAGCCGUUGCUGUUGCGCCGGGAAGAACAGGAGGAGGCUGGGGAAAGGGUUUCGGUGGUUUGAUGGGUCGGGCUGGGAGCCACAGUCUCUGGCGCUGGGAUGCGCUGGGCUGCUUGGGAUACAUAUUUCAGGACGGGGCUGUGGGUUUUCCGCGUAAAUGACUGAACGACUAUGACGAGCUCUUUUAUAUAGAUGACGAUAUGCGAGCGUGAUAGACUAGAUUCUGAGAGGGAGUCAAGAUGUUGAAUUAAAUGAGUUUGUCU